AUGGAGGUCCUCAAGCCGUCACAUAUUUCUACCAUUGAAGCCGAAGCUACUAGUCUCAGCAGCAGUGCUUCGGGAAAAAUAGAAAUGGGACCAAGUGACCAAAAGAGUUAUCCUUUAACUACGCAAGCGAAUGCAGCCGCGCAUCUUGAGAAUGAAAAAGAUCUUAGCGAUUUGGGAUCAGGCGAUGCGCACAUAAUGGAGGAAGCUAAAAAGAGAGCAAAGGAGCGUCAAAUGCUGAAAAGAGAACAGAGAAGCCACGGAGAAACAAGUGGUCAUGCCUACCUUACUGAUCUUGAAUCCAGUCUACUUCAAAAAUAUGCGGUAAAAAAUCAUGAUCCUUCACACAGUGAUUCACAAACUGGACUGGAACUCACUCGACCAACUACCGAUGGGUCUGGUGAAGCUCAAAAGGAGUUGCUUGAACGCAGAAUGCGUGAAAGAUCUCCGGUGAUGCAUACAAUUCGGCCUCCGUGGUUCACUGAGGAGAAGUCUAUCAGCAAAAUGGUUAGAUCGCAAAACACAUCGGACUCCAAGAAGUGGGACUUUCAACGCACAUGCAAUCAAAUCGACUUUCCAAGCUAUACGGUGGAGGAAAUGCGAAGUGCUCGCCCAAAGACAAUAACGGAAGCAAGACACAAGAAGUGCACUUGGAUGCCGAAUUUGGCACCAGAAGUUAUCGCUGAAAGUCAGGUUGGAAGACGAUCAACCUCCAAUAAAAUAUCGCACAACGGAUCUAUCGAGUCCAAUAGAUUCUCCACAAAAUCUCCGCGUCGUGCGAACGACGUCAACCUUCCAGCCCAUUCCAAAGUGCCGGCCCCGUACGCCAUGGAUUGA